AUGGCAGCUGUUCCUCCAACUAGAGACUCCACGAACCCUAGCACAUUGAACCGUUCUGGGUAUAAAGUUUCCAUCACAUUGCCUGCGAGUGCUGAACACAUGGAAAGCAGUCAUACAGUUGACGAGGUACAAACAUCGACAAGUCAAUCUUUGCAGACACAGCAGCCGCCCUCUACGUCCUUUGCCCCGCAGCAUCUGUUUCCAUCGAUGGCUUGCUCGCCAGGAAUACUCACCUACGCUCCUGCACCAGGUGAUGUUGAUUUUAGCAUAGAAGAAUCAAGUUGGAGAAAUUUCGACCAUCUCGAUGAAAUGAACACAGCUGACAUGGACCUUAUGAGUCCGCCCUUGAUUAACCAGAGGCAGGAUGUCAUUUCUGAGCCUUUCAUGAGCCUCGACUCACGGUUCAAUUCCUUCGAGUAUUUCGACCCCUUCUUUCUACCACUGCAUACAACAUUUGAACUUGACGGCCGGCUUGAUGAUUUGUCAAAUCAAGGGAGCGCUGUCUACAUUGCAGAUGGUGACACAAGCAUUGGAGAACAAAUGUACGCGGCCAGGGAUCCUGGAACCAGACGUUCCAAAACAAUCCAGCUCUCCCAGAGUGGCAAACAAGGACCUCCCAGCUGGUUACAAAACCUCAAUCCAAACAUACAGCAUCACGACAUUGACAUAGUCAACUAUUUCCUGAACCUAUUUAUGGCUGGGAUGGCGCCUGCUUUUCCAACCUUUGAACGUUUUCGAGUUACAUCAAGCACACUUCCUGAUCUCAUCUUGGCAAUGGCUGCAGUCGGUGGUCUUCUCUCUACUAUCGAAGGAAGCUUCACGAUUGCCAGAAGCAUGUACACCGACGCAAGGAGGCUUUUGUUCAGUAGGGCCUACUUCCAAGAUGCGCAAAAUCCAUCCCAGGCCAUUAGUGUGGUGCAAACAGCGCAUCUGCUCACCCAAACCAGGUUGCAAGGCAACAUGGCUUGCUCAACCUCAGCUGUUCGACUUGCAAAAGUGAAGAAAGCAAUGAGUGGUGGUCAGCUGCUCGUAUUCCUUGAAUCUUCAAGAUUGCUGACGUCUUCCAGGCUGGUCAACAGCCUUUACAUGCUCGAAAGCUAUCGAGUCAUGUUAUUGCAACGACCACCAAAUUUGUAUCCAACAUUUGCGACUCUUGAACAUGCAAUCACCCCAGAAGGCGCCUCCGCUCAGAGUUCGACCUGUUCAUCUGUCACCGAUGCUACUAUCUUGCUACGAACCUUGCUGACUCCACAUAUGGAUUGCGACGAGAGCUUGAAACCACUUGACUCCAUGUUCAGCCUCACGUAUCUGACGGUUCUCUCCUGGCAUACGCGUGGACAGAGUACCAGCGAUCCGGCAUCGGAUUCGCUUUGGAAGCGGUCCCUUGUUGAACUGGCUCUUCAUAGAUGGCAAAUCAAGACUGGUUCUACCACUGUUGAACUUGCUCCCUGGAAGCAAUUGCUAUUUCACUUGGCCUUUGUGAAUAUGCAUGUCGACUUUACCCUUAUACACAGUCUGGUACGGGCGUACGCUCACAGUUUCAAGCAUUCAGGAAGUGCACAUACUGCACUUAGAUCUUGGAGGCAGAGCAGCAGUUGUGAGGUGGCUUUAUGGCACGCCGCAGAGCUUGUCGCUCUGGCAAAGGACCAAACCAUCUUUACUCGGCAGUCCAUGACCGACGGUGCUGCUCUUCAUCCCGUCAACACCAGACUCACGGAAAGCCCUCACGUUUGUGUAGGUAUCUACAUGGCAACAGUGGUACUCUGGGCUGGAGAAGUAAUUCAGAACACGCCAAACCGGGGUUACGCCCGCUCGACUUUGGAAACCGGCAUUCACAUUCUCUCAUGCUUGAACGUUAGGAUGUCGUUGGUACUCCGGAAUGUCCUUCGGCACCUCGCAGUGGUCAAUAUGAUCGAUCACGAGAGCAACGGGUGA